GUUGAUUUUGAUUACUUUCUCACUCUCCCUUUCUCUCUGACUCACGUCACACAACACAAUUGUGUUUCAGACUCGAAAACCUAAAAAAUAACGAAAGCAUUUACGAAUCCAAUCACCAGACCAGAGAUCACUUUUUCCUCUUUUCAAUCUCUAGGGAUUUUGUUCUUCCCCAAUUUGUAUCGAGGUUUGACAUUGUUCGUUUUGGGCGGGUUAUGGUAGAUCGAAAUGUCCGGUAGCAUUAGCGACGAUGACGGCGGCGUUACCAAGCCAUACGCUGCCGAGCAGGAGCAAGAUGACGGAGGAGCUGUGAGUCCCGAAAUUACUGCCGAUCAGGGAGGAAGAGGUUCAGUUUCGAUUCCUCACACGGAGAGUAGGGAAGACAUGUUCGUGGACGCGAAUGACGUUAUUGUUCAAGAAGUUCAGUCCCAAGAAUCGGAGAACGAGAGCGAAUUGAAGGAUGAGGAUGAAGGUGAAGAUGAAUCUUCUACCUCAGAAGUUGUCGUCCAAGGACUAAGCGCAAAGCUCGAGAAUGCGCUGGCGGAGAAAGAGGGUAUCGAGGAGGAGUUAAAGGAAGAAAGGGAGAGCUGCGCCAGGGAGGUUGCUGGUCUCCGUGAGCAGCUGAAAGGUCUGGCCGAUGGAUGGUCGGCUGAUGGGGAAGCGGGUACUGAUGGUUCGUUGGCAGAGAUGAUAAAUGAAUGCUCCCAGUUUGUUAAAGUUGCUCUAGCACAGAAGCUGCAAGCUGAGAAGACCAUGACUGAACUUCAUCAACAGAUUGAAGAUCGGAAUUUGAAGGCUCAGGGGAGUCAGGAUGUUGAAGUGGUUGUAGAUAGGAUGAUGUCAUCGCUUGCCACAGUGGUUAAUCCAGGGGAAUUACUGGACUAUUCUGUUCUUGGGAAAGCUGCUUAUGUUGAGAGAAGUGCUUCUCUGUUGAUGGAGCAGUAUGCUUGGAUUCUAUACGAGAUUGAUCAAUUCAGACAUUCCAUGGCAGAAGCUGGUUCGAAUAUUGAAUUACAGGGGGACUAUGCUUGGGGAUCUCUGUUUGCAACUGCUAAAGCCGAGUUUCUUGAACUAAAGAGAAGAGAAGUAGAAACGAUGGAAAAUAUAGCUCGUUUGCAGGACGAAAGCAGGAAAUUGGCUGAAGAACUUCAGCAGGCUAAGGAUGCUUCAGAUGUGGUGAAAGCAGAACUCGAACGUGAAAAGACCAGGUCUGCUAAUACGAAAGAAAAGCUUAGUAUGGCUGUGACGAAAGGGAAGGCUUUGGUUCAACAACGUGAUUCGCUGAAGCAGUCUCUAGCUGAGAAGGGGAGUGAGCUUGAAAAAUGUUUGAAGGAAUUACAGGAGAAAACAAGUGCAGUUGAAGCUGCUGAGCAUUGUAAGGAGGAAUUAGCUAAAUAUGAAAAUUUGGCUGCAUCUUUGCAGGAGUUGCUAUCUCAGUGGAAUGUGGUGCUUGAAAGCUUUGAAGAUCUACAGUCAAUGGAUCUGGAAGGGAAGUUGAGGUGGAUUGUAAAAAUUCUUACAGAAAAGAUGGCAAUGUUUGAUAAUUUUGAAGAAAUCUUUUCUCAGGCAUCAGUCCCUGAGGAACUGAAAACGGAAAGUGUUACUGUGAAGCUGAAGUGGCUUUUAGAUUUGGUUAUAUCACUGAAGGAAACACUUUCACUGAAAGACAAUAUUCUAGGGGACUUUGAACAAACUCUUGCUAAAAUAAGUAUACUGGAUGAAGUUCAGCCAGAGGAACCAAUUAGUAGGUUGAAAUGGCUAGUUGAGGAAAAGCAGAAAUUGGAAGAUGAAAUUGCUAAAGCUAAGGAAACUGCCCAAGAUGAGAUUGACCGGUUGGCUGCUUCACUGGCAGCGGAGAUUCAAGAGAAGGAAUAUUUGAAGACAGAGCUGGAUGGAUUGACAGGCAAGCAUGAAGAGAUGGUGGAAAAGGAAUGCCGAGUUUUGUCAGAGAGGGAUGAGAUGGUGAAGAUGUUGGUUAAUGGUAUUGGAGUGGACAUAGAUGGUCUAGAAGGGUCGAAUCAUAGUUUCUCUGAUAUGAGCUUUAUGAUCGCUAGAUGCUUAGACAAGAUGAAAGAAAAGAACAGUGCUUCAUUUGCUAUUUCUCCUGCUGAUGUUGAGUUCUUUGACAAAAUGCAGAGUGGUCUGUAUAUCAGGGAUCAAGAACUAAUGCUCUGUAAGACACUUAUAGAAGAUGAUGAGCGGGCGAGAUCAGAUCUGUUGGAUUCCCUCAGAUUAGCAUCUAAGGAGCUUGAAGCGUUGAGGGGGGAAAAUGAGUUAAUGACCAAUGAUCUCAAUAGAUCAGAAGAAAAAUCUUCCUUGCUGAGGGAGAAGUUGUCCUUGGCAGUCAAGAAAGGCAAGGGAUUGGUGCAGGAUAGGGAAAAUUUGAAACUUCUUCUAGAUGAAAAGAAGUCGGAGAUUGAGAAACUGAAUCUAGAGAUAAAGCGGUUAUCUGCUGAUUUAGCACAAGUUGAGAAGUUGGAGUCUGAUCUUGUUGCCGCAAAAGAUCAACGAGAUAAGUUUGAGCAGUUAUUAUUGGAAAGCAACAAUUUCCUGCAGAAAGUAAUGGAGUCAGUUGACCACAUCACUCUUCCUGUCGAAUCAACUUUUGAGGAUCCCAUUGGGAAGAUGAAAUUGUUUGCUGACUACUUAAGUGAGUGCCAGCUUGCUAAGGAUAAUUUAGAGCAAGAGUUAGAUCGUAUGAAUGAAGAAUCAAGUGUUUUGGCUAGUAAGUUAGCAGAAGCACAGCAAAAUCUGAAAUCUGCAGAAGAUGCAUUGUCAGGUGCAGAGAAUCACAUUUUGGAGCUCACUGCAGAAAAGAAGAAAGUGGAACUAGACUGGCAAAAGGCAUUAGAAGAAGUCAAAUCCCGGACAAGCGAGUUCACUGAAGCUAGUGCAGCUAAAAUAUCUCUUGAAGAUGCAUUGUCGUUGGCAGAGAAUAAUAUUGCUGUACUUGUUAAAGAAAGAGAAGAGGCUCUAAUUAGCAAGGCUGCGGUUGAAACUGAGUUCGAAAAGGUGAAAGAAGAAGUGUAUAUUCAGGCUGGCAAACUGACUGAUGCAUACAAAUCUUUGAAGUCUCUAGAAGACACUCUCUCUGAGGCAGAAGCCAAGAUGGCUUUGCUCACUGAAGAAAACAACAGUUUCCAGGCUGGAAGAACCAAUUUGGAGAAUGAAUUAAGGAAAAUGAAAGAUGAAACUGCUGGAAAGCUGGAUGAUUCCUCCUCAACUAUUAAAUCGUUGGAGGAUACUUUGUCGAAGGCUACACUUGACAUUGCUUCACUUAAAGAUGACAAGAGGAUUGCUGAACAGGAGGUAUCUACAUUGAGUUCCAAGUUGAAUGCUUGCAUGGAUGAGUUAUCUGGAACCAGUGGCAGCUUGGCUAGCAAGUCUGUGGAGCUAGUCCGUCAUCUCACAGAUCUUCAGAUGCUUACGAAGAAUGACGAACUGUUAUAUGUGAUUAGGGAUCGUUUCGAGAAGCAAUUUCAAAACCUCAACAAUAUGGAUCUCAUGCUCAAGGACAUGAACAGCUUUUGUGCUAAAGGAGAUUCACAAAUGCUGCAGAUCCAUCCCAUAAAGGAUGAUUCACACUCAAAUAUAGCUUUCCCAUAUGACAUUGGUAGUACUACUCUAAGUGCUGAGAUGGAAAACGGGGACGUGGAUUCAGCUGAUUUGGACAAUGUUUCAUUGUACUUUAAGAAGUUUAGUGACGGUUUACAGCUGAGGAACAAAAUUGUUGCUGAGAAUUUCGAAGGAUUAUCGAGCUUCAUAGACGAGUUUGUUGAAUCUUUAGUAAGCAAAUUAAGGUCAACAAAGGAUGCUGUAACCGUCACCUUUGAGCGAAUGGAGUCCAUGAAACAGAAGAUGAUGGAUUUGGAAAUUCAAAAAGGAGAACAAGAUGGAGCCUUGGCAUCUCUAGAAAAAGAGCGUGAAGUUUUGCUCUCUGCAUGCAUCAAUGCUACAAGAGAACUGCAGAGUGAAUUAGUGAACAGUCUGCUGGACCUGAAGUCUGUUCCUGAGCUUGAAAAGCUGAACCAUUUGAUUCCAUCUGUUAAUGAAGAGUCAUAUGAUGCUGGACAAACUGAAUCAAUUGUUGAGGCUCAAAAUUUGUUAUUGGCUGCAAGAAAGGUUCGAAACCAUAUGAAAGUAUUUGAAAGUACGAGUACAGUGGCGGCUGCUGUGAUUAAAGAUUUGGAGAACAAAGUGACAGCUAGUGCAGGAACAUCUGAAAGCAUCCUAAGAGAGAGGGACUUUUUCCAAGGUAGGGUUUUGGAAUUGGAGAGUGAAGUAGAAGCAUUGCAGAAUUCGUGUCAGCAACUGGGGUCUGAACUAGGAGAUCAGGUGAACAUUGUAAGAGAAAGGGACCUACUUCAGAGUAGAGUUGCAGAGUUGGAGGCUGAUGUAGAAGGAAAACAAAAUUUGUGCCAGCAGUUGAAAGCCAAGCUAGGAGACUACGAAAGCAUAUUAAAUGAAAGGGAAUUACUUGAAAGUAGGUCUAUGGAGCUACAAGCAGAAGUAGAAGCUUCACAAAAAGCAUGCCAGCAGCUGAGCUCAAAACUUGUGGACCACGAAAGCAUUGUACGAGAAAGGGAUCUACUUCACAGUAGGGUUGCCAAGUUGGAGAGUGAACUAGGGGAUUAUAAUAACUUGGAGGAGAAGUUAAAGGAAAAUGAAGCGAAGCUUUCCACUUUGCAAAGCAAUAUAUCUACGAAAGAACAAGAAAAAGCUGAAGACCCUCUUAUGUCAACAUCAGAGCUGCGAACUCUUUUUGACAAAAUCAGUAGUAUCGAAAUUCUUAAUUCAGAGUUAGAAGUAGGCGGAACAGUUGGAUCAUCGCAUAGUUCAGUUGAUGUAAAUAAACUAUUCUACAUAGUCGAUAGCGUGUCACAAUUAUAUAAUGAAAUAAAUGUAUUAGCUUCGGAAAAAGAUAAGCUACAGACGAGCCUAUCUCAACAGAUUCUGGAAGUUGAACUUCUGAAGGAAGAUGUUCGAGCUCAUUCCAGAAAUCAAAAAGAUCUGGAAAUAACGAAGGGUGAGAUUUCCGAGAUGACAGCUGGCUUGGAGAGAGUAAUUAGUGCAUUAGGAGGUAAUGAAGUUGUUGCAGCAGCAGAUCCAAACCCUGUUGGUCCAGGGAGACUUCUGCAGCAACUGGAAAAACAGGCUAAUGGACUGCUCUCCGAAGCUGAGAAUGCAAAGUCCCAUGCUCUUGAGCUCGGCAACAGGCUGCUCGAGAGCCAGAAGGUUGUUGAUGAAUUAUCGUCUAGGGUCAAAAUGCUCGAAGAUUCGGUUCAAAAUAGAAGUGCGCAGCCUGAGAUUUUCCAGGAGAGGACUAUCAUGUUUGAAGGUUCAUCUCGGCCAAGUGGGUCAGAGAUAUCCGAAGUUGAUGAUGCAAGCUCGGUUGGGAAGAAUUCCUCGCCUCCCGUACCAAAGGCUGCUCACGUGAGAACAACAAGAAAAGGUUCAACAGACCAUCUAGCAAUCAGCAUCGACACAGAAUCAGCCACUCUUAUCAACAAGGAAGAAACCGACGAGGACAAAGGUCAUUUGUUCAAGUCUCUCAACACAUCAGGCCUAAUCCCAAAGCAAGGGAAGUCUCUAGCAGAUCGAGUUGACGGAAUCUGGGUAUCUGGUGGUAGGAAUCUAAUGAGUCGUCCAAGGGCAAGGCUUGGCCUGAUAGCCUAUUGGCUUCUGUUGCACGUAUGGGUAUUGGCAACAAUUCUGUAACACACACAGCAAAGAAGGAAGGAUUUGAAGAAAAGGAGGAAAAUCACCGUGAUGGAAGCCUUUCUGUAUCGUAGUUAAGAAGGGAAAUUUCCAUCUGAUUCGUUCAUUGUGUUUCCAUUACCUACCUCUUGUUCAUAUAUUGUCUAGAGUUCCCUCAUUUGUUCUCUGCAAGUCAUGUUUUAGGAUCCCUGCAGAGAUGAAAGAACAACAAAUAAAAGGGGGAAAGGUCAAGCCUUUGUGUUUUUGCUUGCUUUGUAGAGAAGGGAAAUUUGUAAACCAUUUGUAUUAACUGUUUAGACCACAGGUGUUCAUAAUUUCCCAGUUACAGAAAUUUGUUAAAUGUGGAAGUUAUAGGUAUCAACUCUUGAUUCAUCUGUUUAACCAUUGAACUAUCUUAAACUCUCAAAACUGAGAGGCCAUUGGUGGCCAGCCACGUGCCGUGAACCCGGAACUGAUAACGAUAAGCCAGAAACAGGGAAGAAGAAAGUAUGAGAUAUUCG